UAUGUUCCUCUAGGAACUAAAGGACACAAUAAUAAUAAUAUUCAAAAUGCUACUCAAAAACUACUACCCUAAAGAAUUUAUAAAAGAUAAUAUAAAAAAGAGGGUAAAACCGGAGAUUAACAAGAUGGAAGAAUGGAAAAUGACAGUCACAAUACCAUUUAAAAAUGGUACAUCAGAGGCAAUUCAAAGAAACCUCAAAAAUAUCGGCAUUCGAACAACUUUUAAACCGAUGAAUCUAAUCAAAAAUAAAAUAAAUCCACUGAAAGAUCCCAUAAAAAUGAUGGAUAAAAACAAUCUGAUUUACAAAAUAUCUUGUGCUAACUGUCUGACUAAAUAUGUGGGGCAAACGUCCAGAUCAGUCAAAAUAGGAGUGAAUGAACAUAAAUGCCUAGCCGAAGGUCAACCAACAGGAACACAAGCUUACAAGAAUCUUGAGAAAAAUUCAUCGAUAGCUGUACAUGCAUGGGACAAAAACCACAAUAUCGAUUGGAACAAUGAUAAUUCCAAUUUAUACAUGGUACUUGAAUUCGUUAGUGGUGGGGAAAUGUUUUCAUAUCUAAGAAGAGUUGGAAAAUUCAGUGGUGGAUUCGAGUAAUAGAAGAAUCACUAUCACUUACUGGGAAUUUACAGAUAUCCAAUUAAUGAGUUCCUGGCGAAAGAAAAUCUACGUCCUGGAUUUCACUGCUACACAUCAAUUACCAAAUAAUUUCAGCGAGUUAUAUAUUUAUAAAAUAAUGUUUCACUAUAAACUGUUCAUGUUAGCUGAUAAAAUAUAAGAAAAUAUUUUAAUACUGAUGUUCAUUUUCAUUUUUUCAUCGUUUGUUUGUUUCUUUAGUGAAGACGAUUCACGAUUUUAUGCGAGUCAAGUUGUAUUGGCAUUUGAAUAUCUACAUUCAUUUGACUUAAUCUACAGAGAUUUAAAACCUGAGAACUUAUUGAUUGCCAGCGAUGGCUACCUUAAGGUUACUGAUUUUGGCUUUGCUAAAAAAAUAAAAGGUCGUACAUGGACAUUGUGUGGAACACCAGAAUAUCUUGCACCUGAAAUAAUUUUAAGCAAAGGUUACAAUAAAGCAGUGGACUGGUGGGCAUUAGGUAUUUUAGUCUAUGAAAUGGCUUGUGGUUAUCCACCAUUUUUUGCUGAUCAACCAAUUCAGAUUUAUGAGAAAAUAGUUUCUGGUAAAGUUCGAUUCCCUGGACAUGUCAGUCCUGAUCUACGCAAUCUUCUCAAGCAACUCUUACAAACUGAUUUAACAAAACGUUAUGGUAAUUUAAAAAAUGGUGUUGAUGAUAUCAAACGUCAUAAAUGGUUUCAACAAACUAAUUGGGUUACAACUUAUCGAAAAGAGCUAAAUGCUCCAUUCCUACCGCCAAGUAAAGGACCUGGUGAUUCAAGUAAUUUUGAUGAUUAUGAAGAAGAACCCUUGAAAAUAUCCAAUACAAAUUAUUGUGAAAAUGAGUUUAAAGAUUUUUAA